CUUUUCCUCGAAUCGAUGUUCUUCGAGUGACGUCCAUUCCGUUUGGUUUAGUUAAUUGCUAAUUAUUAUAUAGUAAUAUGUGGUCCUCAGUAAUCGAAAUGUCCAAGAACAGCCCAUUUAGAUCACCAUUCACGUAUGUACAGUGCGACUCUAAGGGAUAUGAUACAUCUCUCGUACCAGGAAGAACCAUAGCUGCUACCGCAGUGAAGGACGGAGAUAGCUGCGAAUUUGGGUCAUCAAAAUAUCUCGCACUCUGUGGAUUAGGAGGUAUUUUAUCUUGCGGUCUAACUCAUACAAUGGUUGUACCCUUAGAUCUAGUAAAAUGUAGACUUCAAGUAGAUCCAGUCAAGUACAAGUCUGUAGUAAAUGGCUUCAAGGUUACCGUAGCUGAAGAAGGAUUCAAAGCCCUAGCCAAAGGUUGGGCCCCAACAUUUUUUGGUUACUCAGCUCAAGGUUUGUGCAAAUUCGGCUUCUAUGAAUACUUCAAAAUUCUGUACUCUGACAUGAUGGGUGAAGAAAACGCUUUCUUGUACAGAACUGGCCUCUACCUUGCUGCAUCGGCUUCAGCCGAGUUCUUUGCUGACAUUGCAUUGAGUCCCAUGGAGGCUGUUAAGGUUAAAAUUCAAACUACCCCUGGUUUUGCCAACACACUACGAGAAGCGGUUCCAAAGAUGUACAAGGAAGAAGGUGUCAACGCAUUCUAUAAAAGUUUAGUACCCCUCUGGAUGAGGCAGAUCCCUUACACAAUGAUGAAAUUUGCCUGCUUUGAGCGCACUGUUGAACUGCUCUACAAACAUGUUGUCCCAAAACCUCGAGCUGAUUGCACUAAGGGUGAACAACUGGUAGUUACAUUUGCUGCUGGUUACAUUGCUGGAGUUUUCUGUGCGAUUGUCUCCCAUCCUGCUGACACUGUUGUGUCUAAGUUAAAUCAAGAAAAGGGUGCUUCUGCAUUACAAGUUGCCAAGAAGCUAGGCUUUGCUGCAAUGUGGAAGGGAUUAGCUCCGAGAAUCGUCAUGAUUGGUACCCUUACCGCUCUGCAAUGGUUCAUCUAUGAUUUUGUUAAAGUCGCCCUAGCAAUACCAAGACCACCUCCGCCAGAGAUGCCGGAAUCCUUGAAGAAGAAACUUGAGGCCGAAGGAAAGCUGGCGUAAGUCUUAAAUCAACAAUAUCAAGUUGCUUUUGAAAACAUUCCUGUAGCAAUAAGUGAAAGAUCUUCUAUCAUACCGGUACAGUUUUAGUUGACCAUUCUUCUUAGUCCUGUUCACUGUAACAGUUCAGUGAAGUAUUUGCCUGAUAUAAAGGUUGAUUAAACUUAAGCAUUUAUUUUUGAACACCGCAUUGUUAUGUAAAACUUAACAUUCCUGAAAUUGCAGUAUUUUUUUGGAUAUUAUUAAUUAAUGUUAACCAAUUCCUGAACAUCUAUGUUUUAUAUAUUUGUUUGUAUGUAAUGUAAAUUACUUUAUCAGAUCACCAAUCCAUUUAUUGUUGAAAUGAAAAUAUAGGCCUAGUUAAAAA